CUCUGUAACUGAAAUCGAGAAGGAGCUCUCUGAAACAACGACAAUGGCCGUCACCAUCGUAAUCAUCCUCAUGCUCGCGAUCACCUUCUCUUCCUCCUCAACCGCCGUGGCCGAGACGCAGGGACCUUCUUCUUCUCCACCGUCUCCGACUUGCUCGGAGGAGCUGGUUAUGUUCUCUCCAUGCAUCCCUUACGUCUCGGCUCCGCCAAACAACAUCUCAAAGACGCCGGAUGCUCUAUGCUGCUCUGUUUUCUCCACGUCUGUUCAUUCCACCGCCGGAAAGUGCCUCUGUUAUCUUCUUCGCCAGCCGAUGAUCCUCGGAUUCCCCUUGGAUCGAUCUAGAUUGCUUUCUCUUUCUCAGAUCUGUACCGAAUUCAAGAGUUCCGACGAAUCUUUCGAGUCUCUUUGCUCUCCGUCAGUGUCGCCUGAGCUUCCGCCGCUUCAGAGUAUCCAGUUCACGUCUCCCUUUGACUACGGUGAUCGAGACUCUGCCUCUCCUCAAUCGCUAGGCUUACCACCGGAAACGGCUAAGAUUUCACCAACCUCCGAUCAGUUCUCGCCUGAUAUAGAUAACGUCUCACCACAACUCAUCAUAAACGGCUCUCCAAUUAUCAGCAACCUGUUGUUGUUUCUCACGACCAUCAUCAUGACUUUGGCCACUUCUAUCCUCACUCGCAUCUGAAGCAAUUUGUUUUUACUUUCCUUCCAUAUACAAAAGCAUAGCACGUUCUCUCAUAAGAUACAUGUUUUCAUUUCAAUAACAUCAUAGCAUCAUUAUCUA